AUGUCAUCCAAGGUUACACAAGCUCUGCUGCUCUUACAAAAGCAUGGGGGCAGGGCGGGGCAGAGCAAGGGGAUACAGCAGAUGAAGGGGAUGGGGCGGAGCAAGGGGCGCAAGGAGGAGCAUGGGUUGAGCGAGGAGCUCAAAUCAUCCCUGCUCUCACCUUACCAUAUCUUCGCCUUUCGCCACUCCUCUUCUCUAGCAGCCCAAUCUCGCCCUCGUCUCGUUCACGGCCUCCCUCACCCCCGUGUGCCUCGUCUCCUGCCGUGCCUGCACCACCCCCUCCUCCCUUUCCUCCACUUCCUCCUCUCGCUCGUCUCCCUACUCUCCCUUCCUCCUCUCCCUCCUCCCCCUCAUCUCCUUCUCCCUUUUCCGUUCUCAGCUCAUCUCCCUUGCGACCUCAUCAGCCCUCCCUCGUCCAUGCCCCUUUCCUCCCUGCCCUUACCUAGCCUACCGCAUCUUUCCCAAUCUCCUCGCUCUCUCUUCCGAUCCCUCCCCAUCUCCCCCACCUCCGCCACUUCUUGCAUUCACCACACCAUCCCCCGUCCCUCUCUCCAUCUCUUCGGCCAAUCGCCCUCCCCCACUUGCCCUUCCUCCUCCACUGCCUGCAUCCGCAUGCCCCCCACCAUGAUCCUCAUGGCCCCCCAUGUGCCCCCCCACGUUGCCCCCCACAUGCCCCCGAUCACUCCCUCAAGCUCCUCCGCCAGCCCUGCCACCAGAUCAUCCAAACUCAUCUCCUCCACCCCUUCCUUCUCCGCCCCCACCCCCUCCUCCCCUGCCUUCCCCACCUUCUCCCCCUCCUUCCCCGCUGCCUGCAUCCCUCCCCUGCCCCCCACCGCCCACAUCUCCCCCCACAUGCCCCCCGCCACCCCCAUCUCCCUCUCAAGCUCCUCCGCCAGCCCGGCAACCAGAUCAUCCAAACUCAUCCCCUCCUCCUCCCCCACUGCCUGCAUCCGCGUGCCCCCCACCACCCCCCUCAUGCCCCCCCACGUGCCCCCCACCGGCCCCAUGCCCCUCACCACCACCCCCAUGGCCCCCGUCGCCCCCCACGUGCCCCCCACCGCCCCCCACGUGCCCCCCACCGCCCCCCAUCUCUCUCUCAAGUUCCUCCGCCAGCCCUGCCACCAGAUCAUCCAAACUCAUCUCCUCCGCCCCUUCCUCCCCCGCCCCCUCCCCUUCUUCCCCGUCCCCCCCAUCCCCUCCCCAAUCCUCCUCCCCCCCUCCCCCAUGUCCUCUUCCCCCUCCCCCAGCGCCCCUGUGCAUGUGCGCUUCGGCAGCAGCGGCGGCUGCUCUGACGGCGGGAGGCGCGUUCGCCUGCGCAAAGAUUUCCAUCAUGCUCGCCUCGUCCACCUGUUGGGAAUGGGCCAUGGGGGGCAUGGUGGAGGGAUGGGAGGGGCGUUUGCCUGCGCAAAGAUUUCCAUCAUGCUCGCCUCGUCCACCUGUUGGGAAUGGGCCAUGGGGGGCAUGGUGGAGGGAUGGGAGGGGCGUUUGCCUGCGCAAAGAUUUCCAUCAUGCUCGCCUCGUCCACCUGUUGGGAAUGGGCCAUGGGGGGCAUGGUGGAGGGAUGGGAGGGGCGUUUGCCUGCGCAAAGAUUUCCAUCAUGCUCGCCUCGUCCACCUGUUGGGAAUGGGCCAUGGGGGGCAUGGUGGAGGGAUGGGAGGGGCGUUUGCCUGCGCAAAGAUUUCCAUCAUGCUCGCCUCGUCCACCUGUUGGGAAUGGGCUAUGGGGGGCAUGGUGGAGGGAUGGGAGGGGCGUUUGCCUGCGCAAAGAUUUCCAUCAUGCUCGCCUCGUCCACCUGUUGGGAAUGGGCCAUGGGGGGCAUGGUGGAGGGAUGGGAGGGGCGUUUGCCUGCGCAAAGAUUUCCAUCAUGCUCGCCUCGUCCACCUGUUGGGAAUGGGCCAUGGGGGGCAUGGUGGAGGGAUGGGAGGGGCGUUUGCCUGCGCAAAGAUUUCCAUCAUGCUCGCCUCGUCCACCUGUUGGGAAUGGGCCAUGGGGGGCAUGGUGGAGGGAUGGGAGGGGCGUUUGCCUGCGCAAAGAUUUCCAUCAUGCUCGCCUCGUCCACCUGUUGGGAAUGGGCCAUGGGGGGCAUGGUGGAGGGAUGGGAGGGGCGUUUGCCUGCGCAAAGAUUUCCAUCAUGCUCGCCUCGUCCACCUGUUGGGAAUGGGCCAUGGGGGGCAUGGUGGAGGGAUGGGAGGGGCGUUUGCCUGCGCAAAGAUUUCCAUCAUGCUCGCCUCGUCCACCUGUUGGGAAUGGGCCAUGGGGGGCAUGGUGGAGGGAUGGAAGGGGCGUUUGCCUGCGCAAAGAUUUCCAUCAUGCUCGCCCCAUCCACCUGCCCACACGAGAACGAGGCAUGGCAUGGCAUGGGGCCAUGGCAGAGGCAUGCAAAGCACGUGCAGCUUGUCUCGAAUGGCCUGCUUCAGCGCCGCUAGGCCUGCUUAUGGGGUACUCAUGAGGUACUUAUCACCACCACCACCCCAUGACCCCAACCCCCCCACCUCCCCACCACCCUGGCACCCCAUGCUACCCCGCACCACGCCACCACCACCCCAUGCUCCCCCACAACCCCACCUGCAGCACGUGCAGCUUGUCUCGAAUGGCCUGCUUCAGCGCCGCUAUCGCCGCCACCUCCUCCCUCAGCGCCCUGCCAUGGGCGGAGGUGGAUGCGCGGAGGUGAAUGGGCGGAGCGGAGGUGAAUGGGCGAAGGUGAACGGGCGGAGGUGA